CCUUCCUUCCUAAUGGCUUACGUCUUUGUUUACGGCAUACUGAAGAAGGGGCAGCCGAACUACCACUACAUGAUGGACAGCAAUAAUGGAAAAGCCGAGUUUGUCGCCACUGCUUUCACCACCCACAAAUACCCGCUGGUGAUUGCGAGCAAGUACAACGUCCCUUACCUCCUCAACCUCCCCGGACGGGGUCACAGAGUCCAUGGGGAGAUCUACAAAGUGGACAAGCGGAUGCUGGAUUUCCUGGACGACUUUGAAAGCGUCCCCGCCAGAUACCAGCGGACCGUGGUGGAGCUGGAGGUGAAGGAGUCGGCGGGGAAGACGGACGGUGACAAGAUGUUGCCGGGCAGCAUCACUGAGGUGUUUGUAUACAGCACCACAACUUACCAACCCGACUGGCCGUCAGGUCCAACCUUCGAUAGCUAUGAUGCGUAUGGAGAUCAUGGCCUUGUAUAUGAUUGCAAAGAUAAUGAAGACUGA